AUAAUAAUGAAUAUUAUUUACAAAAAUAUUGAUUCGAAUAUAAAAAAGAUCCAACUUUGCUCGCUUAAUUUUACAGUGCAAGACUCUUUUAAUCUGUUUACCUUUUGUCUUUAAGUCUUGUAGCCUGGGAUCAAAAUUAAUAAAUUUGAGCUACUUCGCUGAACUGCCUACUGCUGGUUAAAUUUGAACCACAAAUUUAAAGUUAAAGAGUUAUUUUAAUUUAAACCUGGGGUAGUUUGGUUAUGUCAACAAUGUUUUAAAUCAAGACUGCUAGUGCAAUCUAGACCAACCAGCACCAUUAGCCAUUACGGAGACAGAAUAAAAAACUUUUCUAAUUCAAUUCAAUUCUAAUAAAAACAAAAUAGACCUUAUUAGAACUACAGAUUUUGAACUAGAGACAUGUCAUUAUUUAGGCGUUUAUUGGUAGCAUCAUAAAAGGGGAGGGGAAUGAAUUUGUUGUUACAAGAAAAUUGGUUCAUUCAGGGUUUAACAGGAAUCGAGAACUCUUGUUUGCUAAUUUUGAUAUAGCAAUGUUGUUUGUACGAGAUCCAGUUCUAAAUGUUCAACCCAUAUCAUUGAUACAUCCCAGAGCUGAGUUACCCCCAGGCUCAACAGUCAUUGCUCUAGGAUGGGGAAGGACUAAUUCUAAUUCUAAAGGAAUUUCAUCAGUGCUUCAAGAGGUUGACCUCAUGGUAUCCCCCUGUACGUCAAGAGAGAGGAAAACAAUUACAGAAACAGCUUUCUGUACGCGAACACCAUCUAAGGAUACAUGUAAUGGGGACUCAGGGGGGCCUAUUGUGAUUCAAGUUUUGUUCAGGUGGGUCUGACAAGUGUAGGAAUGUUGGAGUGUGCUGUGGAUAACAAUUCCUUCUAUACAGAUCUUCGCUUGUUGGGAGAUUGGGUGAUACAAAACUUAAAGUUUGGAGAAGAGAGUGUGCCCAAGUUAACAUGGAAUCUACCAUCCUUCAGAGCAUAUUCUGAUCCUGACCCUAAUAAACCUCAAAAUAUUGUCGAGAAAUCAAGAAAAUAUCUUGUUCAGAUUAAUAAUAAAUUCUUUAUUUAUAACACAGUCAAGCAAUAAAAUAUAACUUCAAACUUU